AGCACGCCAGCUUCUCAUUGGUCACUUGCCAAAAGCCUUAACGAGUAUCGGAUAAUUUCACUUCCGUUUCUGCAACCAGCCGAAGGACUAUAACAGAACGUAGAAAACGAUAGCUCCAUAAAGUGAUUCAAUUCAGUACGUCUACCCCCUAAAAAAAUCUUUCGUUAGAAAGAAUAGUUUCCGAACAACGUAACUAUUGUGUUGUAGCUCUGUGCAGGCUAAUGCUAAUCUAGCCGCCGUACCAUUGCGUUUUUCUCCCACGGUGUUCCCGACACCGGCAGCGACGUGCCUAAUGUCAACAAACAUGCCGACGGACACUUUGAAUCUCGAGUCGCAGCUUUUAUCCAUCAUGGACGUGCUGGUAAAAGCGGCGGUGCUGGAAAUAAGGCAGUUGUUCUCUGAGAACUCUGCGUCCCUGCGGCUCCACCUCAGCCAGAGCCUGCGGGACAACGAGAACCUCAGAAUGAGGAUGAAAGCGAUGAGGAGCGAGAUCUUCUCCCUCCGCCUGCAGACCCGGAGCAACCGGCCCGCUAGCCGCGUUUCCGCCUUAAGGGCAAAUUUGACAAAAGCCCGAAGCAAAACACCAGUUGUUCCAAAGCCUCUAGCAACCCAAGAAACUCCUUCCAUCUCUGGGCAUAUGACAUCUGAGACUUCUCCUGAAGUGAAAGAGUGUGCAGUUGAAGAGAUCCCUGAUAUCAUCCUGAUAAAAGAUGAAGAGGAUACUGAAGCAUGCGAGCCAAAUGAAAAUCAGGAUGGUUUUUCACGUCCCUCUGUUCAGAAUGAGGUUGGCGCUGGUGCACACAACAUAGACUCUGCCCGAUUUUCCUAUCUGACAGGAAAUAAAAAGGACCUGAGAAUCAUCAGUAUUCAUGGACGGGGAGAAGGGCCUCUUCAAGACGACAUUGAAACCCUCUUUGCUGCAACUGAUCAGCAGGUUUUUAACUCUCAGGACCUUACCCAUGAAAGUUUCCUGAGUGUCCUCCCCAGUACCAGUAGUAGAACCCCGCUAAAAAACUCCCAGCUGGACAGAGUUCCCUCUUCUCAAACGACCAUAUUACGAACAGUUGACGGUAGCGGAGGACAUCCCAGUCACAUGGACCAGUUCUCCCAGCAGCUGAACCCCAUCUUCUCAUCUCACACCAUCAACAAAUCAUUAGAUUGCAACUUUUGUGGGAUGUUAUUCUCUAACCGCGAGGACUUGAUGGCUCACCGGGCCACUCACACGGCGGAGCCGCAUAUUUCCUGCAAUAUGUGCGGCAAGUCGUUUGCCAACAAAACCACACUUGGCAUCCACAUGCGCAUACAUACCGGCGAGAAGCCAUACGUGUGCUCCCUUUGCGGGAAGCGCUUCACGCAGAACGGCAGCCUCAAGAUUCAUUUGAGGACGCACUCCGGGGAGAAGCCGUACACCUGCUCCCAGUGCCCAGCCAGCUUUAACAAUCCUAGCAACCUCCGCAGGCACAUGAUUACACACAGCACUAAUGGACCGCUCUGAUAAAUCACUCUGACUGUGAUGUGAGGAGAAGGAUCCAUUAUAGUGCUGUGAAAAAAAUGUAUUUGUCUCCUUCCUGACGUAUGCAAAGACAACCAAGUAAAUAUACGUUAACAUUUCUAGAGGAUGAUUUGGUCAUAUGUGUAAAAACUAAAUUACUCCCUGAAUCUAAUUACUGGUUGUGCCAACCAAAAUUUGAUUUAAGUUUGGAAUUUGAUUUGGCCACUACAAAACAAUUUUUUUCGGGGGGGGGGGCUUUCAGUUGUUUGACUGUUGGUUAUGAUGUUGUUAUCAAAUGUUGUUUUAUUUUUACACUGAGUUGCCCAUAACAUUCAUCUUCUCAGUUCAACUAUUUCAACAAAAUUAUUGGGUUGGAGAUCAUCAAAAUGUUUCUUGGCAAGAGUGACUGACAUAAGCUUGCUAGUACUGGUUUACAAUUUACACAUUCAAACUCUUCCAUAUGAAUGCCAUUUUUGUCUCGUGCCUUUCUUAUGGUUGAGUCAUGAACACUGACCUUAACUGUGGCCUCUUCGAUCUCCAGUUCUUUGGAUGUCAUUGUGGGUUCUUUUGUGACCUCUUUGAUAAGGUUACUCUACUCUUACUCUUGGAGUAAUGUUGGCUGGCGGAUACCUCGGCACUGCUCACUGUAUGUCUUCAUUCAUUCAUUCAUCUUCCAUUCACAGGUGUUUUGGAGCCCACCCACCUAUCUUUGGGCGAGAGCCAAAGUAUACCCUGAACUGGUUGACAGCCAAUUGCAGGGCACAUAUAAUGGCACAGCUGUAGAGCAUUGGCCUCACAGUUCUGAAGGCCGGGGUUCAAAUCCCGGCACCGCCUGUGUGGAGUUUGCAUGUUCUCCCCAUGCCUAUGUGUGUUUUCUCCUGGCACUCUGGUUUCCUUUCACAACUCAAAAACAUGUAUUCCUUGGAGACUCUAAAAAUUGCCCCUAGGUGUGAUUGUGAGCGCGACUGUUGUCUGUCUCUGUUCUCUGCGAUUGGCUGGCAACUGGUUCUGGUACUUUACCCUGGCUCCUGCCCAAUGACUGCUGGGAUUGGCUCCAACACUCCUGUGAAGAAAAUGGAUGGAUGGAUAUAAACAGCCAUUCACUCUCACAUUCACACCUAUAAGCAAUUUAGUCUAAAUUAACCUAUCUUGCUUGUUUUGGGCGAUGUAGGAGGAAGCCAGAGUACCUGGAGAAAAACCCACACAGACAGGGAGAAGAUGUUAACUCCACACAGAUGGGGCUGGGAUUGAAACCCCGUUACUCAGAACUGUUAGAUGUACUGACCAACCAAUGACCGUAGCGUGGGGUUGUCUUCAUGAGAUAUUGAAAUUGGCCUGCUGAUCAUUUCAUCAGAAUGCCACUUCCUUCGGAUUGAUAUGAACAAAAAAUCUGAAAUCAGAAAGUCUAAAUACUUUUUCAGAUCUUCUGAGUCUUUUGUAAGAAUGUGUAAUGUUUUUUUUUCUGGGCAUCAUAGUGUAUGAUUGGUUAGCACAUCUGUCUCACAGUUCUGAGGACCCAGGUUCAAAUCCAACUUCAUCUGCGUGAAGUUUGCAUUUUCUACUUGAGUGGCUUUUCUCUGGGUUCUUCAGUUUUUUAGCACAUCCCAAAAACCUGCAAGUUAGGUGAAUUGUAGACACUAAUUUGCCCGUAUAUGUGAAUGUAAGAGUGAAGGGUUAUUUGUCUAUAUUUUUUAUUGAUUGACUGGCAACCAGUUAAGGGUGUACCCUGCCUCUCACACAGAGCCAGAAGGGAUAGGCACGCCCAUGACCCUCUUGAGGAUAAGUGGUACAGAAAUUGAACUAAGGUUUUUUUGUCAGACGCUUCUCAUUUGAACAGCUGUGGUUUCAAAAAAAGACCAAACAAACAAACAUCAGCAAUUGCAAAUAAGCCUGUAUUUUAGUACAGGAAAAGAGGUUUUUAAUGCUGAAAAUUACCAAAAUCCAUCCAAUAAUCUGGCAAUUCCAUUGAUUUAAUUCCACUUUAUCAUGCUACUGUAUUACCCUGACCUGAUCUUGAUGGAUUCUAGACUGUAUUGCUACAACAUUGUCCACAACAAAGUAAGCCAAGUCUUUAUUACCAAUGUUCAAAUGUCAACCUCAGAAACACUGUGAUUUUGUUACCUCAUUGGGGUCGGUGUUUAAGAUGACAAAUUACUCUAACCCCCCUUCCAUCCCCUGUGAUUUAAAUGUUUUGUUUUGUAGAAGCCAGACAAAAUUCCACAUUUGUAUGAAACAUUUUCGGGUCUUACAAUAGCUAUUCAAUCGGUUUUUGGAGGUUCAACAUGUAUAGUUGUUGAGUUUAGUUUUAAAUACAGUUUCAAGAUUAGAUCUUUUGAGCUACAUACCGUACGACAGACAGUUGACAGUUUGUUUAAUUGGGUUAUUUUUACAUUUUAACUUACCUCCAUUGUUUUCAACUUCUCCGUACUUUUUCUAUUUUUGUACUGAUCUUACCCUUGUUCCUAUUGGACUAAUAACAUUUUGUGGCUUUGUCAUGAACAUGAAUAAAUGUUUUUUUUUUUCUACAACAGUUUAUUUUUUCAUGUAACAGACAGUGCUUUUAGAAUGUAUUGAAUAGAUGGACAAAUAUCUUGUGUUCGUAGCAAGCCUUGCCUGAUUUUUGCCUCGUUUACCAAAUGAUCUUUUUCAAGGUCUAAAAUGUUGAUCAAAUUUCAGAAGGGUAUUUUUCCAAAUUAGUUCAUGGGCUCAGCAUGUGACCUAGACUCUUCCCUGUGGCCAGUACUUUUUCACA